AUGUUCCCCAUGGCGGACAAAAUCGAGCAGGGGGGCGAGGAGGCGUUUGAGGAACUGAGCGUCGAGUACGUGGCCAAGACGCGCGCCAAGGACCGCAUGGUGUUCCUCCCGGACCUCGAGGUGACCUCAAAGAAGGAGGUGCUGGGGCUCUUUGUCAAGCCGACGGUGUCCUCUCUUGGCGCUGCGCCCGUCGGUACCGACACCCCGUCCUCGAGCCAGAGCACUGAGGCGACCGACGUGGAGGGCGAGCGCAACACCGCGAGGGACGAGGCGCUUGCCACGCUCGAGCUCACACUGAUGCCGGCAACAGUCGAGGAGUUGGACGCGCACGUGGUGACCCUGCUCCGCCAGGCCAUGAAGGUGCGCUCGGCAACGCGGCGUGAGACCGCAAGCCCGGCGGCUCGAGAGGAGUCGGAGCGCCGCAAGCAGGCCAUCACCGGCGCACGCAACGUUCUCCGCGAGGGGUUGCGCAACGCGCCGCUCCUUUAG